GCCGGGCCGGGCCGCUGCCCCGCCAUGGAGCCGCCGUUACCGGAGCUCAUCGUCCCAUCGUUGUUGUCCCAUCGCCGUCCCAUCGUUGUUGUCCCAUUAUCGUUGUCCCAUCACCAUCCCGUCGUUGUCCCGUCCCGGUCGCACCGCGGGGCUGUGGGGGAUGUUGGAGCCGCCUACAGCCCCCACAGUGCAACGCGCGCCUCGCCGCACGGCCCCACCGCCCCGCACAUGCGCACAGCGCUCUAUGGCUCCAAGAUGGCCGACACGGCGCCCGGCGGUUCCGGCACGCGGUCGGGCAGCAAGCACACGACCACGCCAGCAGAUAACUACUACCUGGCCCGAAGGAGGACACUGCAGGUGGUGGUCAGCUCCUUGCUCACUGAAGCCGGCUUUGAGAGCGCUGAGAAGGCUGCGGUGGAAACACUGACAGAGAUGUUACAGAGCUAUAUUUCUGAAAUUGGAAGGAGUGCAAAGUCCUACUGUGAGCAUACAGCCCGAACACAGCCCACGCUGUCUGACAUAGUUGUUACUUUAGUGGAGAUGGGGUUCAAUGUUGAAACACUUCCUGCAUAUGCAAAGCGCUCCCAGAGGAUGGUGAUCACUGCCCCUCCUGUGACAAAUCAGCCCGUGACUCCCAAAGCCCUGACAGCUGGACAGAACAAGCCACAUCCAUCCCACAUCCCUGGCUAUUUCCCUGAGUUUCCAGAUCCUCACACCUACAUCAAGACACCAACGUACCGAGAGCCAGUGUCCGAUUAUCAAGUCCUACGGGAAAAGGCAGCAUCUCAGAGGCGUGACGUGGAAAGAGCUCUCACCCGCUUCAUGGCUAAGACAGGAGAAACACAGAGUCUCUUCAAAGAUGAUGUUAGCACAUUCCCAUUGAUUGCUGCCAGGCCAUUCACCGUACCCUACCUGACGGCUCUUCUCCCCUCGGAGCUGGAAAUGCAGCAAAUGGAAGAAACAGAUUCAUCCGAGCAAGACGACCAGACAGACACAGAGAACCUGCCCUUGCAUAUGAGCACGGAUGAUUCAGGACCUGAAAAAGAGAAUUCUUCAGUAUUACAGCAGAACACCUCCUUGUCUGGCAGCCGGAAUGGGGAGGAGAAUAUGAUAGACAAUCCUUAUCUCCGGCCAGUGAAAAAGCCCAAGAUCCGCAGAAAGAAAUGAACUGUAGUCAGCUGGCUGCUAGAAGGAAGAGGAGCCCAUUUCUCUGGCUGUUAUGAGUAGUCACCUCUGCUGCUGUGGGUAUGAGGCGUGGAGCAAGACAGAGGAGGCAGUCUGACCGAAUGGCAGAAGGAGAGGAAUGAUCUUUGUCUGCCUGGCAAACUACACUGUCAUCAUUGUUUGCAGUGCUCCCUCUUCCUCCUCUGCUUUCCUCCUAACUGGGAAUGCUCAGUGGUCAGUUGCCUUAAAAAUGGUAAAAGCCACUGGGUUAUAGAUGGGAAUUGUCUCAUUUGCUUUGGUUUCUUCUCACUGUUGAGGAGGUUUACUCUCUUAAGAGGCACAGGACAAAAAGAUUCUUGCUGCUCUACAGAACACAAAGACAUCAUUUGUUUUUGGCUGCCUUACAAGCUAGAAAAGAAACUUCUGCAGUGAACCCUGUUUGGCUUUAUAAUCUGUGGUGCAUGUAUGAAGAGAGAGAGAAAAAUCCCACAGAGGUUUCUUUCUUUUGAUUGUUGGCAGGUAAAAGCAAACACAUUUAUCAAAGAGUGAAGUGUAAAUACAGAGCUAAGAUGAGAGUUAUUCUCAGCUUUUCUGACUGCAGCUGCACUUCCAACUUAAAAGUGCUGAGUGUGGUGUUUACCCUACUCUGCUUUGAGGUUAUUUUCUAGCAGUACCAAUGGCAGGAUUCAACAGCUGCCUCGGGCUCUUUUCUAGUUCUGUUGUUAGGUUCAAUGCAGCACAAGUCCUUUGAGAGUUCAUGCCUUCACCAGCUGUUUUGAAAGAUGCUUGCUGCAAAGCUUGGAAUAUAGAAUAAAGCUGUAUCGAUUACAGUCUGCAGGGCUGUGCUAUUGAUCAUGCUUUUAAAUUUUGUCUUUGUUCAGAUAUGGGCUUUAAUCAACAAAAGUUGCUCUUUUUUGUUUCUUUUUUGUUGUUGUUCCUUUUUUUCCUUAGAUAAGGAACUUUGUUUCAACUGUGAAAAUGAGUGCUGGUGGGAUUGCUCUAAUUGUUAUCCAGUUUUGGAGGCCUUUCCUUUACUUUAUGUUCAGUCUUUACUUAGGGAAAAUAUACACAGAUAUAUUAUAUAUAAUAUCACCCAGAGAGGAGGAAGAAGAGGAGGAAUUAUUUCAGCAAGAAUGGAAGUAUUCCUGUUAACCUAUUUGAAAUGCCAUCUUUAGCAAAAAAUUAGUCCUGCGUGUGCCAUUGCCACUUCUGUUAGUGCCUUUGUUGUACAGAAAAUCAAAUGUACAAAGACAUGAUGUAUAUAUAUAUGUGUGUAUGUAUAUAAAAGGAUUUAUCUUUUUUUUUUCUACUUUGGAUUAGGUGUUUUUCAUAAUGAAAAUAUCCCUUUCUGGAUAGGGGAGAAUCUGGAAUGAAAAUAGUAUCUUUAAUGUUCCUAAUAAAAGAAAUUUUAUCUUCUACUAUUAAAA